AUGGAUGAUGAGUACAAGCUUCGUGGGUGUUCAAGGCGAAAAUCUCAAGGGAUUACAAACCUACACCAUUUCCAUUAUGAAUUAUUUAGCAAUAUCAUUGACAUGCAACUUACUGAGUUGGAUUAUCGUUUUAAUGAUACGAGUACAGAGUUACUUCUUUGUGUGGCAUGUUUAAACCCAAGUGACUCUUUCUUUGCUUUCAACAAAGAAAAGCUUCUUCGCCUUACUUUUUUUUAUCCUAGUGAAUUCUCUAUAGUGGACCAUAUGGUACUUGGUGACCAACUUGAUAUGUAUAUUAUUGAUCUACGUGGUGAUGAUGAGUUCUCUGAUAUUGAAGAUAUUGCUAGUCUUGCAGAGAAAAUGGUAAAAACAAAGAAGAAUUUGAUAUUUCCAUUAGUAUAUAUGCUUAUCAAAUUGUCAUUACUUCUACCAGUUGCAACUGUUACAGUGGAGAGAGUUUUUUCUGCUAUGCAUAUUGUCAAGAGUAGAUUGCGAAAUAGGAUGGGAGAUAAGUGGAUGAAUGAUAGUUUGGUUGUAUACAUUGAGAAAGAUAUCUUCGAUAAGAUUGAUAAUGAAGCUAUUAUGAAGUGGUUUCAAAAUAUGAAAACUCGAAGAGAACAAUUAUAA